AUGGAGGAGUGCACACCGUCGUCGUCGUCGUCGUCGUCGGCGACCGCUCGCGCUCUCGACAUGUUCAAUCGGCGAGGUUCAGUGCUUGCUGUCGUUAUUGCAGGCAACGCUGCCGAUGUGCUGCCGUCAGCGGCUGCCGGUGCCACGUCGUCGUCGUCGGCGGCGAUAUCCGCCGAUCAGCCGUCAUCGACGAACUCGGAUCCCGAUUUGGAGACGACCUCCGACUGGCGUCCGCCGUACCCUCGUCUAGUCGCGUUCCACGACUGCCUCUCGCUGGCAUCGGCGUGGUCGUUGGGCCUUCAUCCGACAUGGCUCGACGACAAACCGACCGGCGCGAGUCAGGCGCAAUCGCCGAGCGAAGACGAUUCCGGCGACGGCAAGUACAACGAGCUGUUGGCGAGCUGUCCGGCGUUUAGGAACGAAUUGGGCUGGGAGCCGACGCGACGAUUGGCGUUGUCGCGACACACCCAUGAUUAUUCGGGUGCGGAGGCGCACGAGUGCGAGACGUGGAUGCGCGAGCACGCGGCCGCCGAAGCCGGCAUCCUCGAGGACGUCUCGAACGUCUAUCUCGGCGGUAGGCUGUGCGCCGCGCGACAACCGAAAACCGUCAUCGAACCGCAGGACAUCGGCUCCUACUACUAUCGUCAUUGUUUUGUCGGCAGACAGCAUGUUGAGUAUUUCGGAAUGGACGAUGUCCUGGGCCCGAUUGCCAUCUCAAUGGUCCGCGAGAACGUCGAUCGAAGGGAUAUCAGCCAGGGCUCCUCCAUAUAUCGAAUGAUUAUUCGGAUUUCCGAUCAACGCACAAUGCGAGUGGCCGUCGCCGAAGAAGCGCUAUCAUCGUCGGAAGCGUCGGAUCGAUCGACGCGUCCGCUGAUGCGCGAACUUCUCGAGAUCGUGUGUCCCCGAAUCAGCUUCGGCAUUCUUCGACCGGCGCUUCAGACGCCGCGUGUCGAGGAGCUUCUCAUGAAAAUCGACGAGCAGCCGAUUUAUACACGCUACAAAGUCGGAAUCAUGUUGUGCAAAGCCGGUCAGAGCACCGAAGAGCAAAUGUAUAAUAAUGAAUCGUCGACGCCGGCGUUCGACGAGUUUCUAGAUUUUAUCGGGCAACGUGUCACAUUGAAGGGAUUCGAGUCAUAUAAGGGUGGUCUCGACACUCGCGGCGACACGACGGGUACACAUUCGAUAUACGCCGAAUAUCAAGCGCACGAGAUCAUGUUCCACGUCUCGACGCUUCUCCCAUUCACGCCGAGCAAUCGGCAGCAAUUGUCGCGAAAGCGGCACAUCGGCAAUGAUAUGGUGACGAUCGUGUUCCAGGAGCCGGGCGCGCUUCCGUUCUCGCCGAUCACGGUUCGCAGCCAUUUUCAGCACGUCUUCAUUAUCGUUCGGGUACAUAAUGAAUGCACUGAUAACGUGACAUAUAGUGUGGCGGUUUCGCGCUCGAAAGAUGUACCGCCGUUCGGACCACCAAUCCCAAAAGGGGCGUGUUUCAGCAAAUGCGCCGAGUUUCAUGAUUGGCUUCUAACGAAAAUUGUGAACGCCGAGAACGCCGUGCAUCGCUCGAAGAAGUUCGCGACGAUGGCGGCGCGAACGCGUCGCGAAGCGCUUCGCGAUCUCGUCGAGAACUACGUCGGACCGCAUCAGAACGAGGGCGCGAGCAAGAUUGCGAGCCGAUUCCUCGGCGGCAGUGUGAAGCGCAAAGAGCGCCACAAUCCGAAGCCGACGAAUAUUGUGAUGCGCGGCGCGAUCUCGUGGCUCGUCGACGUGCACGAUUAUUCGACGAAUCAGCGCAUCAGUUGUGUGCUCGGCGUCUCGCAAGACGCGAUUGUGCUUCUCGAACGCCCGUCGGGCUCCGUCGUCUUCUCAACGCCGACGCACUCGAUAAUCGGUUGGGCGAACACGGAGCUCGGACUGAAGCUGUAUUACGAUCACGGCGAUCAGUUGCUUCUUCGUUGCUACGCGGAAACCGGCACCGAUCACGAGCUCAACGAGCUGAUUCGACGCCUCGAGCAGGUGACGAAGGGCGACGAGGCGAAAGAGGUGGUGUUGAGGCGGAGCAAAACGAUCGGACCAUGGGGAUUCCAUGUGCAGGACGAGGGCGUCGUCACCGACGUCGAGAUGUACCAGACGGCGUGGCGGGCCGGCAUUCGACAGGGCAGUCGAAUUGUUGAGAUGGACGCGAUGCCGGUGGCAACAUUGACGUAUGACAAGAUUUGCGAUCAGCUCGCCGUGUCCGAAUGCAUCCGAUUGUUGUUGAUCUCGCCGGCGCAGGACGGCAGCCCGCGACGCGGUUGCGAGGAUCCCAAUUGUCCGGCGGUCAAAGGCAUCGAGCAGAUGCUCACGCCGGACGCGUUCGCCAAACAGCCGUUGACGUAUCAGGAGAUGUUCCGAAUGCGCAAUUUGGAGUACGCGACGAACAGCGCCAACAGCAGUCCGGCGCCGUCGUUCGAUGAGAAGUCGUUCAGUUUUUCCAAUAAGCGAAGUAUUGACAAAACCGGCCAAACAACUCAGCGUCAAACGACGAUAUCAAGUACGAGCGUCCUCGAUCAGAUGUGUUCGCUUCUGAAUCCGCCGAAAUGUUUGAAUCGAGCACAAUCGGACGAGCAGCUCCGAUCGCCUAUAAUGGACGAUUUGACGAGAAAAGCACCGUUAUCCGCGCGCGAAUCGACGAAUGAUCGCGACUUGUCGGAAUUGAUCCGAGUGCAAACGCAUCUCGAGCGGACCGUUCAGGAGAAGCGCGCUUUGGAAAUGCUCGCCCAGCAGCUUAGAAAACAGCUUUUACAGGAACGCCAAGCACAUGAGAACACAAAACGGGAAAUGGAGCGUCUGAAGAAGCUGUACGAGAAGAAAUGA